AUGCAACAAGAAAGAGAGCAGAGGAGAAGUCAAAACUGCUGCAAUAAAUUUUUAUUAUGUCUCGCAUACCUUAUAUCACGGUUGCGCAUUUGCUGCAGAUGGACAUGCUAUUGAGUAAAAAGAUACUGCAGAGGGAUAUGUGAUUUCAUAUUAUGUCUAAUAUUUUGCAGGGUUAAGAAGCAGAAAGAUUCCGAUAGCGAUGGCCAAAUAGAAAACCCAAACUAUUUCAGGGGAGAAAAAAGCUUAAAUUACUUCCAUAAAGAUGAAAGCGUAAAUAAUUUUAGCAAAAAAGCAAAUUACCCCAGAAAAUUAGGAAUCCCAAAUUAUGGAAACAUUUGCUAUUUGAACUCAGUUCUACAGGUUUUAGCAAGUACCCCAGAAUUUUCCAAUUGUUUAAGCCAAGAUUCCGAGAUUUCAGGAACUUUAUUGAAGAUUGUCACCAUGAUAAAUAAUCGCUCAGAAACUAAUUUUAAGCCAGAUAUUGAUAGAUUUUUAAAAAUUAUUUAUCAAGAAGAUCCAAAGGUAUUUUCUAUACAGUUUGUUUUAGGCAAGCAAAACGACAGUAAAGAAAUAUUCGCGAUUAUAAUAGAUGAAUGCGCAGAAAUUAAUAAAAAUCUGAAAGAUUUAUUUUUUAUUAGGCAAGAUAAAACAUUUAUUUGCGAACGAAAUCAUCAAGAAAAAAUAGUAGAGGAGAAUCCAUUUUUAGUAGUCCUGAGAAAUUUCGACAAAGGUAUUAGUAGCUUUAUAGAUUCUUUGGAACGGACAAUCUAUUUUAGAGAUAGCAAUAAAAUAUACUGCAAUACCUGCGCAGAAUUAAAGGAUACUAGUAUCACUACAGAGUAUAAUUUUCCGAAGAUUUUAGUUUUUUAUUUUGCUGGUGACACCCCAAAGAAAAGGAGAAUUGAGGACUUUGAGUCAAUUAAAGGUAAAAAUUAUGAGCUUUAUGGAAUGAUUUGUUUUUAUCCGUCCUAUCGCCAUUAUGUAGCUUUUACAUUAGAUAGUGGAAUAUGGAGGAAGUAUAACGAUGAAUCUGUGUCUGAGAAGGGGCCUGAUUAUAAUUAUGCUUAUAUGGCAUUUUAUAGGCUUUUAAAAUAA